AUGCUGAAGAUUCCCGUCUCGCACGACAUUCGCAAGGGAGCUGCCGCGGAUAUCUUCGGGCUCAAGUCUGAUACUGGCGAUACUGAUAGAGUUCGGCGCUCGUUGGGCCACACAAUGGCGGCCAUGAACAAAGGCCACACCGAUACAUAUAUUGGGCGUGACAAAGGCGACUCUAUGGCUGACACUGUUCAAUCGUCCACCUCAAAGACGUCAACUACCCGGGAACCCUUGUGCAACAAGUCACUUGAGGGCGAUACUGUGCGUGCCCCUGCUGGAAGCAUCGACGAAAACACCGACCAGGACCUCCUUCAGAAAGACACCGACGCUGCGCUUCGCGGGUUCGUCCUAGAGAACUUGGACCCUAGGCUUCGCGGGUUUGCCGACAAUGUGCUUACUGUCCAGACGGAUACGACUAGCAAUACCACAAAAGACAACAGUGUUGAACUAAUGACGGAUGGAUGUAUCGCUCUCUGGGAUUCAUCUGAGGCCUCUAACGAGCCUGCUGUUUUGACGGCAACGGCGGAACAAUUCAUCAGGUAUUUCUCGACGAUCAAUCUCGCCAGCGUUGCAACGGAAACUCUUCCAACAGGCCUUGCAUCUGGUAACUCCCGGGAUCCUCCCACGAGGUUUCUUCAUCAUUGUAAGACUGAGCGUUGCCCGAGAGCAUUCAAUUCUUCGCUCCGUCGUGAUCAGCACCAGGUCAACUGUCGCGCCGAGCCACCUUCUCUACCUUUGGACAACGUAGAAGGAGACGACACACUAACGCCGUCCAUCACGACUACUACUGAAUCGCAGCGCAAGCGUAAGCGUAAAGAUAUCAACAAGGCCAGCGAGGGCUUCCUAAAGCGUUGUCCGGACAGCGACAAGUGCCAUGUUGAGAAGGAGUUCGCAACCGACCACUUGCUCAAGAAUCACCGUGCUCUUCACCACGAUGCCAACUGGCCAAAGGACACUCUUUGCAACUUCCCCAGCUGCCAAACUGCCCAAGGAUCACUACUUUGUCUCGCGCGAAGCUUUUCGGCGCCAUCUCUCCAGUUAUCACUUCCUGGAUGCGCUGCUCAGGCCCGCGAAUACAUAGGCAAGAUCAUCCCAGUGGCAUUCCAGGCAGCUCGCGGAGUCGCCAAGAACUAA